AGAAGAUGUUUUAUUCUCAUCAGCUGCUGGCGAGGAAGGCUCCUCUCGGCCAGAUCUGGAUGGCGGCGACGAUGCAUGCCAAGAUCAAUCGGCGGAAGUUGGACAAGCUUGAUAUCAUCAAGAUCUGUGAGGAAAUCUUGAAUCCAUCUGUUCCGAUGGCGCUCCGGCUCUCUGGGAUUCUCAUGGGUGGUGUGGUGAUCGUGUAUGAGAGAAAAGUUAAGCUCCUUUAUGAUGAUGUUACUCGAUUUCUGAUAGAGAUUAAUGAGGCUUGGAAAAUUAAAGCUGUUCCUGAUCCGACUGUCCUCCCAAAAGGCAAAAUGCAGGCCAAAUAUGAAGCCGUCACACUACCUGCAAACAUUGAUAUGGAGAUGGGUCAAACAACAAGCUUCUCUGGAACCUUUGUUUCCUCGCCGAAAUUCCAACGCAUGCAAUUGGAUGACUUAGAUGAAUACUAUAUUAACAUUGAUCCUCGUGAAGAUAACUUGGAGCCUCACCAUCAAGCUGAAGCUGCUAAUAUCACAUUGUUUGAUGAUUUUGGUUCUGGUCCAGCAGAAAGGGACUUCUAUAAUCGGUUUGAGAGGUUUGACAUAGGAGAAGAUGAAGAAAUCCCAAACUUGAAUGCACAAGAAGUACCACAACCACAAGUUCAAUCUACCCUUUCUUCCGUACUGGGUGAUCACUCACAAGCUCCAACCAAUCCUUUGACCUCAUCCCCCCAUCCUGAGGAUCCCCUAGGAGAUAUUGCAGUUAGGAGUCAUCAGUGGGAAGAAGCAGAGGAACGACAGGAAGACAGAAAUGAUUUUACACAGGUUACAGAGAACGCCCAAAGAAGAGCCCCUUCAAAAAGAAAGAAGAAACAAGAAAUUAUCAUGGACAAUGAGCAAAUAAUGAUCCCUGGAAGUAUUUAUCAGUCAUGGCUUCAUAAUGCUUCCAAUAUCAUUUCAAAAAGAGGAAGGAAAAUCAAGCCUUUCAAUCCUAUUCUUUCCACGAAGAUUGGCACCCUGAUGGAUUUCCCCCCUAUAGCAUUAAUUUCUGGUCUAGAGAAAUUCCCUGGUGAAUUCAGAUACCCAGCACCACUGAUGGCACUGUGGAGGAAAUGUACAGAGGUUAAGUCUGGACCUGGCUCAAAUUCAGGUUUGCCGCAACAGGUACCACAAAAGUUGGCGUCAUAUUCACUACCAGAUGAAUCACAAAGGAUGGCCUCAAACUCAAUGGAAGAACCAAAUCCUCAGCAUCGUCCCCAAUCUGUAUUACACUUGUGUUUAUUUCUCCGUUAUUCUGUCUGUCUGUGUGAAAUUAAGUACUGCAAGUCGUACAGUCGCCAUUCAUUGACCUCUCCAUUGACAAGCUCAGAGCCAACUUUUGAAACCAUGAGUUUUCAAGGAGCACCCAGCGACCAUUUUGUCACACCUGGCAGCCCUGGCCAGAGUCUUAGAUCUUUUUCCAGCUCGGGAGCAUCACGCCAAGCUUACGUGCCAUUAGAGCCGGAAAUUCAAUUAACUUCUUUAAGGUCCAAGAGAAAGCAACGUUCUUCGUCAAGGACCACCUUGGGGAGCCUUGAUCCAGUUGAAGAGGAGUUUCCAUUGCAACAGGAUUCAAGAGACUUCAAGAUCAGGAGGCUCUCGGAAGAUGGGCCCUACACCUACCUUAUUGUGGAAACUGGGCCUACUCAAACGCCACAACCAGUGACUGCUGCCCCACAAAUCGAUAGAAUCACGCAAUCCAUUAGAACGCACCUGAAGUUGCACUUUGAUACACCUGGUGGCCCACAGUCUGAGUCACUUAACCAGCUUGCGCUAGGGAUGAGCAAGAAAAAGGCCGCUCAGCUCUUUUACCAAACUUGUGUGCUAGCCACACUAGACUUUAUCAAGGUUGAGCAGAUUGAGGCUUACGGAGAUAUCACCAUCUCCAGAGGGCACAAGAUGUAG